GUCACACACAGAUCCGUCCGGGCUUGGUUUGUCGGAAGUGUCGUUCGGUGUGUGUUGUGUCGUUCGCUCGUAAGGACUCGUGAGGACGUUUAACAGCAGGGACAUUCUGGUUAAAUUUACUACUUGGUGGUGUGUUACUAUUUUCGUAUGAUAAAAAGGUGAUACAGUGAAGUUUAACAUAAAUAAGAAUAUUUGCAUCGUGCCAAAGGAUAGUAAAGGCAAGUGAAUUUCGUAAGCAGAAACUAUGAAGUAUGUGGCAAUGAGUUGUUUUCGUUUCCGUUGAACAGUGAUCACUCAGUACUAGCUAAAAUGCCAAGUAUAACAUCACAAGACCUAACAAGUGUACAAAGAAAAUGAAGUGAUUCUAUCAAGUGGAGAUUUAAAUUACCUUCGAAAAAAAGUUCCCAUUUGAAGCAGAAAAUGAUGCAUCCAGUUAUGACAUCUCCUCUCGACCUCCGGCCGUCGGGAUUGCUCUCGAUGAGCGUCUCACCUACGCAUAACGCCUCCUUGAACGAAUCAUCGACCCACUCACAGCAGCAGCACUACCAUGCCCAUCAACAUCUUCAGAGCAUGCAGUCGCACCAGAGCCAUCAUCACAACCAACACCAGCAGGCACCGUCGGGACAGCGGUCCAGUGGUGCAAGCCGCAACCGGUCGCGCAGUACUUCUAGCUCCGACAAUGGAACACCGUCCAGUGGACAGAAGCCCCAACAGCAGCAGCAGCCCGAUUCGGACAAUGGCACCGAAGCGGGAGAAGGUGCAACGUCGGGUGGUGGUGGUGGCAAAUCCGGCAGCCAUCGAUCGCAAAGUCUAGUGAAGCCACCGUACUCCUACAUCGCCCUGAUGCCGUGGGGAAUAUGCGAGUUUAUUAUGACACGGUUUCCCUACUACAAAGAAAAGUUCCCCGCCUGGCAGAACUCCAUCCGGCACAAUCUCAGCCUGAACGAUUGCUUCAUCAAGAUCCCGCGCGAACCGGGCAACCCGGGCAAGGGCAACUUCUGGACGCUGGAUCCGCUGGCCGAGGACAUGUUCGACAAUGGCAGCUUUCUGCGACGUCGGAAGCGCUACAAACGCACCACCCUCGCCCAAAGCAUGGCUUUCCCGGGCGUGUUUGCGCCGUUCGCACCGUUCUGGAUACGCAAACCGGUGCCCGUGAUUCCGAUGCAUCAGUUCGGACCGGCGCACGCGGCGGCAGCGGCUGCUGCUGCGUCCGCCUCGGUCGGAGGGUUUGGCGGUGAUGGUGGACCACUGGGAGCGGUACUGGGACCGGGCCGGGCGGGCGAUUUCCUGCUCGAUAGCAAACUGAACCUGUUCGGGACGGUCAAGAUCGAUGAUCUGAACGUGGCGAUGAUGGAGAACAGUGACUUUCUGCAGCGAAACGUGGAUAGUCUGAAGAUCUCGAGCGCAAUGAACAAGUUUUUCCACGGCUACCAUCAGGGACAGAGCGGGAGUAGCAGUGGCGGAGGUGGUGGUGGUGGUGGUCCACUGAUCGAUCUGUACGAAGAUGGACCUCAUCCGGCCAGUCUCGGCGUGCAUCCGUGCAAUGGGGGAUUGAUGCGCGAAGGUAUGUCGUACCCGUACGGAGGACACAAGCUUGCGGGUAUUAGUUCAUCUCGUAUCGGUGAUCCGGCCGAUCCUCACGCCGAUCGACGGGGUGACUACGGUGCAGAGGAGGAACCGAUCUCGGCCGAUCUCGACCUAUCCAGCGACGAUCGGAUCGAUGUGGAAAGUGAGGACGACUACAAAUCGCCGGCAGAGCGUGGCGCUUACCACGAGAUGCUUCUGAACGGCCCCCGCAAACUCUACUUCUCCUCUGCCCCCACCACCACCACCAGCACAACCUCCUGUGCCGGCAGCACAUCCUUCGCCCACGUCGAACCGUCCGGUGAUUACUCCCCCCACUGUAGCCCUUCCCGGAUGGCGCGCGACUCGGAUGAUUACUACAUCGAAGAAGACGAACAGUCCGAGAAGGGUAGCAGUAGUAGUAGCGGCAGCAGCAGCGUCGGUGGUUCUCUGGAAGAAUCACAACCACAGUCUGGCAAGGAGCGGCGGCAACAUCAUCAUCACACACACUUCUACACCGAGCUGCAACCGUCCGGGCUGGUGUCUGGGGCGGUGGAACAGCCACUCCACGGGAGAGUUGUUCCCUCGGCCAACGGAACGCAUCCUACGGACGCCGGCGCUAGCCCCGGGUAUGGUGAGACGACGAAGCUGUUUGAUGGAACCGAAUCGUCGUUUGCUUCCCGCAAGCGGAAGUACGGCAACACGAAGGGCUUUAGCAUAGAGAACCUCAUCGGCUGCAGCGUGGAGGAUGGAUGAAUGAAUGUACAACCGAUUGGGCGACGACGAUGACCUACCAAAACUACCUACAAGUUCCGAGACCGCGUUACCGGAGACAAAGCCAAAGCCAAAGAAAAUGUCCCACUCCUCCAACUCCCGGUGCUUCAUCCGUGUAUAAAUCUGUGUGUAUAUGUGUGUGUGCGUGUGAGUGUGUGUCUGUAAGAGUGUUUAUGUAAAUAGCUGUGGCGGACGGUGUAACUAUCUCGGUUGUAGGACGCGCCGUCGGUUGUUUUGGUUCUGUAUACGCUGCUGCUAAUAGAUAAUUUUUAGAAAACGCCAAGCCAUCCUACACCAAAACGAAGGUCGCCAGAUAAUCGAACACAUUUGUAAAUAAUCAUAACACGAUUUUAGUCCUUUCGGUACCACACCUCCACCCGCUCUAGAGAUGAUCUAUAAAGAAACAAAUCUGAAUCCGAUUUCAAAAAUGUUGCGACUUGUUGUGUCUAAUUCUUUACAGU